GGGCGCUGCGUCUGCCCCACCGAACACGGCUACCGCCUGCAGGCCGGACGCUGCGUCAAGACCACCGGCGACACUCCGGAGUGCGAGGUGGACGAGCACUGCCCCGACUACCGCUUCUGCAACCCCAACUCCAAGACGUGCGACGACCCCUGCACGGCCAACUCGUGCGGCGUCAACGCCUUCUGCAACGCCACCAACCACCAGGCGCACUGUCAGUGCCUAGUGGGCUACACCGGAGACCCCUCCGUCUACUGCAACAUGACCACCAACUUCCGCACCGACUUCCCGCGGCCCGAGAUGGAGGUGAGCUGCCUGUCGGACGGCGUGCAGGUGCAGAUCCACAUCGCCGAGCAGGGCUUCAACGGCGUACUGUACGUCAAGGGCCACAGCAAGGACGAGCAGUGCCGCCGCGUCGUCACCAUGCCGGCCAGCGCGCCCAUGCGCACAGAGGUCUUCAAGGUCAACUUCGGCAACUGCGGACUCAUCCACGUCAACGGCCAGGCGAGCUUCGUGCUGGUGAUUCAGAAGCACCCCAAGCUGCUGACGUACAACGCGCAGGCGUACCACAUCAAGUGCGUGUACCAGACCUCCGAGCAGAACGUGACGGUGGGCUUCAACGUGUCCAUGCUGACGACGGCCGGCACCAUCGCCAACACCGGCCCGCCCCCCACCUGCAUCAUGCGCAUCGUCACGCAGACCGGCCAGGAGAUCAGCGCCGCCGAGAUCGGAGACAACCUGCAGCUGCAAGUGGAGGUCCAGCCAGCCAGCAUCUACGGCGGCUUCGCGCGCAGCUGCAUCGCCAAGACGAUCGAAGACAACGUGGAGAACGAGUACGUAGUGACGGACGAGAACGGCUGCGCCACCGACCCCACAAUCUUCGGCGAGUGGGGCUUCGAUGCGUCCGCGCAGACGCUCGAGGCUAGCUUCAACGCCUUCAAGUUCCCCAGCAGCGAUAACAUCCGCUUCCAGUGCAACAUUCGCGUCUGCUUCGGCAAGUGCCAGCCGGUAAGUGGACACGCCCCGCGCCGCACGCCUUCCAAGGCGCCGGAUCAACGCAACUUCGUCGAGACCGGAGUA